AUGGCUGCCAAGACUUCGCAGAACGACACCUCCACCAGCGCCCAUGCAAUAUACACAAGAAGCUUCGCCGCUGGGCUAGAGCAAGACAACAUACCCCAUGCAACAGGGGAAGUCUCCUCUAGGGAGACAGUCGCCAAAAAGCGGAGCAAUAGAUACGGUGACAAUGGGACCCAGCCAGCGACCACGAAAAAGUCCGUUCGUUUCUUUGCGAUCAUCGCGGCACUCGCGCUCUCUGGGCUCUUAACUUCGUUGGAGGCGACCAUCACCUCCACUGCUCUGCCAACCAUUACAGAAGACCUGGGAGGUGCCAGUCUUUAUGUAUGGGUGGUCAAUGGAUUCUAUCUUACUCAGACAGCAUUCCAGCCAUUAUUCGGUCAGAUCGCCGAUAUUUACGGUCGCCGAUGGCCCAUGAUCAUCAGCACCGCGACCUUCACUCUAGGCAGUGGCCUCUCCGGCGGCGCCAGCAACAUCGACAUGCUAAUCGCUGGGCGACUAAUCCAAGGCAUCGGCGCAGGCGGCAUAAACGUACUCAUCGAGAUCAUCGUCUGUGAUUUGCUCCCCCUCCGCGAACGAGGCCGCUACCUAGGCCUCAUGUUUGGUCUCAUCGCUAUCGGCACCACCCUCGGCCCUCUCUUCGGCGGCCUCAUCGUCCAGUACACCACCUGGCGCUGGGUCUUCUACCUCAACGUCCCCAUCGGCGGAGCCGCCAUGGUCACAUUAUUCCUUUUCCUCCACGUAAAGUCCGAUCGCACCCCCGACUACCUGCAGCGCCUGAAACGCAUCGACUGGCUGGGAAACACCCUCUUCGUCCUCUCCAUGGUCUCUGUCCUGAUCGCCCUUUCCUGGGGCGGCAGCCAAUACCCCUGGUCAUCCUUCCGCGUCAUCGUCCCUCUAGUCCUCGGGUUCGCUGGCUUCGCCCUCUUUUUACUCUAUGAAGCUUCCCCGAAGUACUGCCUCAACCCUACCAUGCCGCUGCACCUGUUCGCUAACCGCACCUCCGCCACGGCCUUCGGCCUCACCUUCUUGCACAGCCUCUCUGCUAUCGCAGUCAUGUACUUUCUCCCUGUCUACUUCCAGGCUGUCCUCGCCGCGUCCCCCAGCCGCUCGGGCGUCCAACUCCUCCCUACGAUCCUGUUCAUGAUCCCCGCUGCUAUCAUCGCCGGCGGCUUACUCUCCAAGCUGGGCCGCUACCGUCCCAUCCAACAUGCUGGCUUCGCCUUCAUGAUUAUUGGUUUCGGGUUAUUGACUCUACUGAACGCUCACGCGAGCACGGGCCAGUGGGUCGGAUACCAAAUCCCCAGCGCGGUGGGGACGGGUCUCGCUCUCCCUGUCCUUCUUCCUGCUGUGCAGGCGUCGCUCACGGAAGCGGAUACGGCGCUCUCUACUUCGACGUGGGCGUUCAUUCGCAGUUUCGGGCUUAUUUGGGGUGCGACAAUUCCGACGGCGGCGUUUAACAAUCGAGUGAAUGCGUUGUUGGGGAGAGUUGGCGACUCGAGUGUUGCGGAGCAGUUGAGGGAUGGGAAGGCAUAUGAGGCUGCUACGAAGGCGUUUAUGAAUUCAAUUAAAGAUGCGGUGACGCGGGCGCAGGUGGUGAGCGUUUAUGUGGAUGCUAUUAAGAUGGUGUGGUAUGUUUCAAUGGCUUUUGCGGGACUGGCGUUUUUGCUGGUUAUUGUUGAAAAGGAAAUUCCGUUGCGGAAGGAGUUGGAUACCAAGUUUAGUAUGGAGGAGAAGGAGAAGGAUGGAGAAAUGGCGCAUCAACAAGCCCCGUGA